GAAUCAAUCACCUCUUACAUUUUUUUCAUUUUCUUUUUCCUCAUCGCCCCUUUUUUUUAUAUAUAUAUAUGUUGUCCGGUUAUCGAAUUUCAAGAUCGACUCCAAACUCCAAACCAUCUCUUAAUAGUUAAUACUCAACACAGUCUCUCUCUCUGAAGCACAAAAAUGGCAAACGAGUUGGAGAAGAAGUCCAUGUACAUAGAGCAGCCGGCACUAGAAAAUGGUGAAGCAAGCAAGAAUUUCGACGACGACGGGCGUCCCCGACGAAGUGGGACGGUGAUGACGGCGAGUGCGCACAUCAUAACGGCGGUGAUAGGGUCGGGGGUGCUGUCGUUGGCGUGGGCCAUAGCACAGCUGGGAUGGGUGGCCGGGCCAGCCGUGCUGAUGGCCUUCUCCUUCAUCACCUACCUCACCUCCACCUUCCUCGCCGACUCCUACCGCCACCAAGGCCGCCGCAACUACACCUACAUGGACGUCGUCCGCGCUCACUUAGGCGGUUACAAAGUUCAGCUAUGUGGACUCGCUCAGUAUGGGAAUCUUGUUGGUGUCACCAUUGGAUACACAAUUACUGCAUCCAUUAGUAUGGUGGCUGUGAAAAGGUCGAAUUGUUUCCAUAAGGAGGGGCAUAAGGCGGAAUGCUCGAUAUCAAGCUACCCAUUCAUGGCGAUAUUUGCAGGGAUUCAGCUGAUUUUGAGCCAAAUUCCCAAUUUCCAUGAGCUCUCAUGGCUCUCUAUUGUAGCAGCAGUCAUGUCUUUCGCUUACUCCUCCAUUGGGCUCGCCCUCUCCAUUGCCAAGCUUGCAGGUGGUGGAGGGCAUGUGGAGACAAGCCUAACAGGGACGAGAGUAGGAGUGGACAUAAGCGGGUCAGAAAAGGUGUGGAAAAGUUUUCAAGCCAUUGGAGACAUGGCUUUCGCCUAUGCUUAUUCAACUGUACUCAUUGAAAUCCAGGACACACUGAAAUCUCCACCCCCAGAAAAUGUGGUGAUGAAGAAGGCUUCUCUUGUAGGUGUGUCAACUACCACCAUAUUCUACGUCCUAUGUGGCUGCCUGGGCUACGCCGCCUUCGGAAAUAAUGCUCCCGGCAACUUCCUUACCGGAUUCGGCUUCUACGAGCCCUUCUGGUUGAUUGACUUCGCCAACGUGUGCAUUGCCAUCCAUCUCAUCGGAGCUUAUCAGGUAGCACAAAAGCAAGAUCCCCAGGAAACUAUAAACCAUCUCGUAUUUCAUCUCAUCAAUGCUCGUCAUAUCAUUUGCAAAACAGGUGUUUGCUCAGCCUAUAUUCGGCUUUGUGGAGAAGCGCUGCGGGGAGAAGUGGCCGGAAAACAAGGCGAUCACCAAAGAUCACGCAGUCCGCAUUCCUCUAUGCGGAGUUUACGAUUUCAACGUAUUCAGAUUGGUGUGGAGAUCAGUGUAUGUGAUAGUAACAGCAGUGAUUGCAAUGAUCUUCCCCUUCUUCAACAACUUCCUCGGCCUCAUCGGAGCAGCAUCAUUCUACCCGCUUACCGUAUACUUCCCCAUAGAGAUGCACAUUGCUCAGGCCAAAGUGCCCAAGUACUCCUUCAGAUGGGUGUGGCUGAAGAUCCUCAGCUGGUCUUGCCUGAUCGUGUCGCUCGUCGCGGCAGCCGGAUCCGUAAGGGGGCUCGCCGACGACGUCAAGACCUACAAGCCCUUCCAGAGUCAAGCUCAUGAAUAGAACACAUGUAGAGCUCUAGCUGUGCAAUCCAUGAUCCAAACAUUAUUUACCUGCAUUCCAGCAUUUAAAAUUUCUGUAGAGUUCAAUCAUCGACCAUACGAGUACUGUAUGGCCAUUUGAAUGAAGUAAGCUUAUUUUAAUCCAAAA